ACCCCAACCCCUCCCCCUCCCAAUCUCAUGCACCUUUCCAAGGCCCCAUAAACCAUACAUGUGCCCUUAUAACUCUAUUGACUUUCUUUGGUUUUCUUCACUUGAAAGUUGAAAGUUGAAACCCUUCUCUCUUUUCUGCGAAUUAGCUUUCUUUGAUGAAAGCUAAUGCAGCUCAAGGUAAUUGGUUAUGGAGAGAGGAUGGAAGCCUAGAAUGGAGAUAUCACCAAAUUGUCCAAGAUGUGGUUCUUCCAAUACCAAAUUCUGUUAUUACAACAAUUAUAGCUUAACACAACCGAGGUACUUCUGUAAAGGUUGUAGAAGAUAUUGGACUAAAGGAGGGUCACUUCGGAACGUGCCGGUCGGUGGUGGUUGCCGGAAAAACAGAAGAGGUAAGUCCUUAAGGUUACCAACCGAUGGUGCCCAAACAAAGAGUUUGUCAUGUGAUUCAUUUAGGCAUUCUUAUGCCUCUACUGAAUCUAAUAGCUCCUCAUCCAUGUCUGAUGGCUCUCAUAUUGAUCUUGCACUUGUUUAUGCAAACUUCUUGAGUAAUCAACAACCGGAAAACAAGUCCGGUUUCGUGGUCCCGGAGUUGCGAACAGAGUUCGAUCCUUCUCUAGAGUUUUCAAGAAUAUUGAACACAAACAUGGCAUCAAGUAUUCAGCUGCCAGAAGAAAAUGGUCUCGAUUUGUCCACGGAAAACCAUUUGAGCAACAAUGGACAAAUAUACUGCUCUGGUGGUAACCAUGGGUUGCCGCCAUUGCCUGGUGAUGAUUUACCAUGGCCGAAUUCUCAAUCCACCAUGAGUCCAUCCUUGCAAGCAACACAAGAGCCAGUCCUAGAACCCGAAACUCAUGAUCCCAAUCAACUGUUUGGUAAUUGGAAUCCAUUUGAUUUGUAUAGUGAUGAUACUUUCUCCAGGACUUGAUCAUGGAAAAUUUAAUGCAUGUGCACUAGCCUCAGCUAUAUAUCACUGUUUCUUUCUUAUAUUUAUGUAUAGAAUCAAAAAUAUUUGUGAUGAAAUAAUAUCAUAUAUUUUAUGUUG